CCCGCGCAUGCGCUGUCUGUGUGGUUUCCUCAGUAAGCCAACAUGGCCGCGCUUGUGGGUUUCCGCGCGUGUCUCUCCGCGCUCCAGCUGUCGUCCCCGGGUCUGCUGCACAGCUCCUACAAACUGUGUGCAGUUCCUCUCAGUCGGAGGAAUUUCGCUGCCGACGCAAAGAAGGUGUUCUCACGAGAUAAACCUCACGUGAACAUCGGUACCAUCGGACACGUGGACCACGGGAAGACCACGCUCACCGCCGCCAUCACCAAAGUGCUGGCUGAGGCUGGUGGAGCGCGAUAUAAGAAAUAUGAGGACAUUGAUAACGCUCCUGAGGAAAAAGCCAGAGGAAUCACCAUCAACGCUUCACAUGUGGAGUACACGACUGCAAACAGGCACUACGCUCACACUGACUGUCCGGGUCAUGCUGACUAUGUCAAGAACAUGAUCACGGGCACGGCUCAGCUGGACGGCUGUAUCCUGGUGGUGGCAGCGACGGACGGUCAGAUGCCACAGACGCGUGAGCAUUUGCUGUUGGCUCGUCAGAUCGGCGUGCAGCACGUGGUGGUGUUCGUAAACAAAGCAGAUGCCGUGGACGACCCCGAACUUCUGCAGCUCGUCGAGCUCGAGAUCCGAGAACUGCUGAGCGAGUUCGGCUACGACGGAGACAACACGCCCGUUAUCUGUGGCUCCGCCCUCUGCGCUCUCGAGAACCGGCAGCCUGAGCUGGGAGUGAACUCCAUCAUGCAGCUGUUGGAGGUGGUGGAUGAGUACAUUCCUUUACCCAAGAGAGAUCUUGAUAGACCCUUCCUGCUGCCCAUCGAGGGAGUCUACUCCAUACCAGGACGUGGUACGGUGGUGACGGGCACUCUGGAGAGAGGAGUGAUCAAAAAAGGAGAUGAGUGUGAGUUUGUGGGACACAACCGCUCUGCCAAGUCAGUAGUCACAGGUAUUGAGAUGUUCCACCAGUCUCUGGAUCGUGCUGAAGCAGGUGAUAACCUUGGUGCACUGGUGCGUGGUAUGAAGAGAGAGGACAUGAGACGAGGCGUGGUGAUGUGUAAACCGGGGUCUGUCCAUCCUCAUCAGAAAGUCAAAGCUCAGGUGUACAUACUGAGUAAAGAGGAAGGUGGUAGACACAAGCCGUUCGUCACCAACUUCAUGCCUGUCAUGUUCUCUCUCACCUGGGACAUGGCCUGCAGGAUCCAACUCCCUGAUGACAAGGAGAUGGUGAUGCCGGGUGAGGACACGUCUCUGACGCUGACCCUCAGGCAGCCCAUGGUGCUGGAGAAAGGACAGAGGUUCACGCUGAGAGAUGGGAACAAGACCAUCGGCACCGGGCUGGUUACUGACAUCCUGCCCACUACAGCUGAGGACCAGUACAACUGGGGCUGAGACUGAGGGGGGGUGGGAGGUGGGGGUGGGGCAGGAAGUCAUCCAAACUUUAGUAUAAAUAUCCACUGUUUAAUGUUUCCUGCUCUCUCUCUCACUCACACACACACACACACACUGUUCCAGUACUACGUCCUCAUCCACUUUAAAGUGAAGGCACAGUGAGUGAAUUGAAGACAGUAGCAGAGUCUUUAACGCCCCUGGAACGCUAAUUAGUGUUUGUUGCUAACUUGCGACUCGAUCGUCGCUCAGUUAAAUAUCCUGGAAAUCACUUGGCUGACUAACUAGACUACACGUUCUUCUGUUUGUCAUCUCCCUGUCUAACACGCUAGAAGAGCGUCCGUCACCCCGGAGAAACGUCCAGUUGUGAAUUUUGUCCAUCGAUAUUUUUAUGCUAAGUCGCUAGCAGAACAGUGACGUGGUCAUUGACGUCCUGGAGAAACAGUGAAUUGUUGACAAGUGCGAUCUCCUCUAACUCUAGUUUAGCAUCCAGGCCUUUACAGUGAUGGAGUGUGUAGUGCGAGUGAGAGCUGGAAACAUAGUAAAGUGAUCUGGAACCGUCUGAUUUCAUCUGAUCUGAAUUAAACAUUCAUAUUAUUUUCACUGAAAAUAAUGAAGAAACUGUAUCACUCACACACACACAUUGUUUUGAGGUUCCCUACUGUCUGCUUUUUGGUUAUGAAAUGUCUUAAGUGGUAAUAAAUGUAUUUAAUACA